AUGGAUUAUUCAAGGAAUUGUAUGCAGUAAUUGAUUCCUUUUGAUGAUUUUUAUCGAUUUACAAUCAAAUUUUAUCGGCAAGGUGAAUUCGAAUUCAGUCAUGUAUCUUACGUACUUGUGAAAUUAUCGUGUGGACUAGUUAAAAAAUAUGAAGUAUUUGGUAGUUUUGGGUCUAGUUGCCUUUGUUUUUGGACAAGAAGCAAGCGUACCAAAAUUAGAUGGCAGAAUUGUGGGCGGUGAAGCUACAAGUAUUGCAACUUAUCCAUACCAGAUAUCUCUACAGUUACUGAGUACCCAUAUUUGCGGCGGUGCCAUCAUAUCUAGCAGCUGGAUUAUUACAGCUGCGCACUGUGUCGUGAAUGCGCCAGUUCCCUCCUAUCUGUCCGUUCGUGCUGGGAGUUCCAUCCGCAACUCUGGCGGUCAAGUAUACUCAGUUGUGAAAGUGGUAAGUCAUCCGUCUUACGUGUCGACCAGUCACGACUACGACGUCGCCCUCCUCCAAGUCUCCUCCUCUAUUUCCACCACCAACGCCAACGUCAUCUCUUUGGCUGCUUCAGGAACUGGUCCAGCAGCGAACUUAACAGCCGUCGUAACCGGUUGGGGCGCUACUAGCGAAGGAGGUUCUGCGGCCACCACUCUUCAAGUGGUGCGGGUACCCGUCAUUAGUAGAACGGAUUGUGACACUGCAUAUCCUCUGCAACUCACCGACAGGAUGUUUUGCGCCGGUAUUUUGGGUGUUGGCGGCAAGGAUGCUUGCCAGGGAGAUUCUGGAGGACCGGUGGUGAUCGACGAGGUUCUUUAUGGACUUGUCUCGUGGGGGGAUGGUUGUGCUAGGGAUGAUGCUCCUGGGGUGUACACGAAUCUCCAAGUUCUCAGGGACUGGAUAUCCAUCAACAGUGGUGUAUAACCACUUUUGGGAUAGUAAAACACAAUCUCUUUGAUUUAUAAUUGUUUAGAAUAAAUUAUUUAGUGAUAUCAAUAAAUUAGUAACAUUACCGUCAUGUUUAAUUAUGAACGAAUUUUGAAAGUCAUCUACAUCACUAUAAUAGCUGUGAAACAUUUUUAACUUUAAUUAUAGCAUGUUAUUUA